AUGGGUCUCUUGUCGCACCUUAUCUCGAUGGGUCUUGGAGCAUACGCCGGAGCCUAUUUCGCACAAAAUUACGAGUUAGAAAGACUGCCAUCAGCGAGUGAGAUGAUGAAGAAAGUAGAAGAUUACCUGAAGCAAUACAAAAAGGAUCCAUGA